AUGCUUAAUGCCGAGCUCCUGAAGCUCGGAUUCACCCGCUGCCGCUCAGACUCCUGCGUCUACCUCCGGGUUUCAAACAAAGGCCGUACCAUCAUCGUCAUUCACGUCGACGACAUGAUCCUGGCUGCGAGCACAAAGAGGGCGAUGACGGAACUCAAGGAAGACUUCCGCGGGCUCCCAUUCGAGACUACGGAACUGGGGGAACCGCGCACACUGCUCGGUAUGACAGUCUUCCGGAACCGAGACAAGGGCAUCAUCUCGCUCUCGCAGACGCACUACCUCCAUAACGUCCUGGAGCGUUUCGCGAUGAUGGACUGCAAGCCCAUCUCGACGCCCAUGGACCCUAGCACCCACUUGUCAAACGAGCAGUCACCCCGGCUCUACUCCGCGGAAUGGGAAGAGAUGCGGAAAUAUCCGUACGCCGCCCUGGUGGGGGCGUUGAUGUACGCGGCGCUCGCUACGCGCCCCGACCUUGCCUACACGGUCAACACUCUGGCACAGUACAUGUCAAACCCCGGAAUGGAACACUGGCACGCCGCAAAACGUGUCCUGCGGUACGUGAAGGGGACGUUGGACUUAGCUCUGACAUAUGGGGGAGACGAGAACGACUGGAUCCCCGUUGGCUACACGGACGCCGAUUUCGCAGAGAGC